UUGAGCAUUAACCAUCGAGACACCGAAGAUAGAACAGUUAAACGAAGGGGACAUAUAAUGGCUGGGUGUAAUUCGAUAUUGGCAGCCCUGGUAGCACUGACUCUGUGUCAUUUCUCCCAAGGUACAUUUGUUAAACAAGGGGAAUUGUUUGAAGUCGCCGAGAGUGAUAUACCGAAUGCCUGGAGAAAACUCUUUAUUCAAGCGGACAACAUUUUCGAAAAUGGCUACAUAGCGGGCUUCACUGCCUUCUUUCACAAUACAGCCCCAAUUCGACUUCAGGUGUGGGAGCGGAAGAAUGAAUCUCUUCCAAAUACCUAUACACUUAGGUCUGAGAGACGAGUUAUCCCCGAGGGAACUGGCUUGCAAACAGUGAGCUUUGACCCAUCGGAGUUCCUCUAUACACUACCAGGGGAUCGUUAUGGUUAUUUCAAUGAGGACAAGAACGCAACUAUAGGCUACAGGGUGGUAGAGAAAGACGACCCCGCUGCUGUAGAAUGGUCCUCUAUACGAGACAGCUGGCCUCAGGUUAACGAUUCUUGGAAGUUCGAUAAACUCAAACUUGGCUACCAGUUUGCCAUAGAGCUUUCAGUUUACAUCGAAGUUGAUGAUUGUGUCAACGUGACUUGCCUCAAUGGAGGUGUGUGCGUUGAUGGAUUUGAUAAUUACACCUGCCAUUGCAAAAAUAACUACAUUGGAGUCGAUUGUGAAAAGUCCGCCACUGAAGAUCAAUGUGCCACGCUUCCCUGUCAGAAUAGCGGUGCAUGUAUAGAUAUGAUGAAUGAUUACUUCUGUAGUUGCCCUCCUCAGUACACCGGUAGAAACUGUCAGAUAGCAACAAUAUGCCCAAAUAUAACUGAACCAGAAAACAGUGUGCUGACAGUGGGAUCCUUGAACAACAACCUCCCAGGAAGUACUGUGGAGUUCAGCUGUGACUCUGGCUACCAUCUAAAUGGUUACACCAGAUUGACUUGUCUUACCACUGGCAGUUGGGAUGCAGACGUUCCUACGUGUAAUGUCAAUGUGUGUCCUAAUGUAACUGCACCUGAGUUUUCCACUGCACGUGAUGAAGAUCGCAACAUCACAGCUGAAGCAGGCGAGGACAUAGUUGAUAACUCAGUAGGAGAUACUAUUGUAUUUGCAUGUGACACAGGUUAUCAUACCGUGGGAUCAGACGUUAUAACAUGUACCAAAGAUGGCCACUGGGAUUACCCUCCCAUUGCAAUGAAAUGUGAAGAGAACAGAUGCCCAGAUUUGACCGUACCAAACAAUGCCCAGAUUAGUACGGGCACAGGAAGUGGAAACAUUGUUGGGCAUAAGGUACUCUUCGAAUGUGACAGUGACUUCACUCUCCUUGGAUCACCAGAGCUAAUUUGCAAUACUUCAGGAUUAUGGGACAAGCCUGCUCCAUACUGUCAAGAGAUCAAAUGUCCAGCUAUUGUGCUGCCUGUUCAAGCGUCUGUCUCUGCUGGGUCCCUGACGGAGAGAAGCAAAGGUGACUCCAUUACAUUCACCUGUGGUAAUGGAUUUGUUUUGCAUGGCGCAGCAACCAUUACAUGCAAAGAAAAUGGUCAAUGGAAUUCCAAUGCACCUAUUUGUGAAGUUAUCUCAUGUCCAACUCUAAAGGUACCAGACAAUGGUAUGGUUGCAUCCUCUCCAUUGAGUACCAUUGUAGGAACAAUAGUUGUGUUUGAAUGUGAUGCUGGUUUCAAUCUCUUGGGAGCACAAUCGAUUCGAUGCCAAAGUAAUGGAGCCUGGACCAAUAAUGUACCCUUUUGUAGUGAGAUAGCAGCGAUUACAUGUCCAGAUUUAAAACUACCGCUAAAUGCAAAUUUGACUAAUGGCACACUGACUAACAACACAGUGAACUCAUCAGUAGAAGUAGAAUGUAUUGAUAGAUAUACUAUCAUGGGAUCUUCAGUUCUUACUUGCAUGUCAGAUGGUGCAUGGGAUACACAUCUUCCUUUCUGCCAGAAAGUAGAAGAUGUCACGUGUCCCGAUGUUAUCCAACCGCUAAACUCUGAACUAACAGCAGGAUCACUAACAGAAAACAAAAUAAAUUCCACUGUUAAGAUAGGAUGCGUGGAUGGGCAUACUCUUGUAGGAUCUUCGGUUCUUACUUGCAUGUCUAAUGGUGCAUGGGAUGCAAAUGUUCCAUAUUGUCAAAGAAUAGAAGGAGUUACAUGUCCAGAUGUCAUCCUCCCCAUAAAUUCGAAAGUAACUACUGGAGCAGUAAACGGAAACCAGAUAAAUUCCACUGUUGAAAUGGAAUGUCUCGAUGGAUAUUCUCUCAUUGGCUCUACAGUUCUUACUUGCAUGUCAAAUGGUGCAUGGGAUAUAAAUGUUCCAUAUUGUCAGAAAGUAAAAGAUGUCACGUGUCCCGAUGUUAUCCAACCGAUGAACUCUGAACUAACUGCAGGAUCACUAACAGGAAACAAAAUAAAUUCCACUGUUGAAAUAAAAUGUUUGGAUGGAUUUACUCUUAUGGGAUCUUCGGUUCUUACUUGCAUGUCUCAUGGUGCAUGGGAUGCAAAUGUUCCAUUUUGUCGAAAAGUAGAAGAUGUCACGUGUCCCGAUGUUAUCCAACCGAUGAACUCUGAACUAACAGCAGGAUCACUAACAGGAAACAAAAUAAAUUCCACUGUUGGAAUAAAAUGUUUGGAUGGAUUUACUCUUAUGGGAUCUUCGGUUCUUACUUGCAUGUCUAAAGGUGCAUGGGAUGCAAAUGUUCCAUUUUGUCAACAAGUAGAAGAUGUCGCGUGUCCUGAUGUUAUCCAACCGAUGAACUCUGAACUAACAGCAGGAUCACUAACAGGAAACAAAAUAAAUUCCACUGUUGGAAUAAAAUGUUUGGAUGGAUUUACUCUUAUGGGAUCUUCAAUUCUUACUUGCAUGCCAGAUGGUGCAUGGGAUCAAAAUGUACCGUUUUGUAGUAAAAUUCAAUGCCCUGUAGUUAUCCAACCUGCAAAUGGUGCAGCAUCAGGAAAUGACAGAGACAAAGAUAGUAGAGUUACAUUUACCUGUUCAAGUGACCAUGUUCUAAAAGGAUCCGACACUAUAACAUGCCAAGCUAACGGACAAUGGAGUGGAAAUGUUCCUUUUUGUGACCAGAAACCAACUGGUGAUAACGGGACUGAUGCCACAACUGUAACAUCGACGGUUGUCACGGCAACAAACCCAGUAUCUACGUUACCAACAACAACAGAGCCAGAGGUUACCACGGAGAAAGACAACAAGGGUGGAAAUGGUGUCACUUGCCCACCUCAAACUGCAGCCCAAACUGCAGAGCAAAAUGACCUUUAUUUAUUCAUUAUACUCAUCCUAGUUGGAGUUAUAGUUUUACUAGUAUUAAUAGGAUUCUUUAUGCUUAUUUACUUAUGCAGAAGGUCAUAUACAGUGUCGAAAUACUAUGCAUAUAACCCAUAUCUUACGAACAAUAAAAUGGUUGACCCUGAGAGGCAAUCUGGAGGUACUGAUGCAAGAAACGGCCAACAGCAGGGUAGUCCUAGAAGCCCAACGGCUUCUAUUGGAGGGGAGAAAAACAAUGGUUUUAAAUUUGAAACCAAUGAGAAUGCAAUGUAAUGUUAAAUAUGGUCGCACCAGUGUAAGAUAAUUAAAUUCUGUGUUUAGCAUAAUUUUAAUUCUAAUGGAGAAUGAUAUUUAUUUAUAUUUUGGGCUAAUGAAAUGUAUACAAAGCGCACAUUUCUGUCAAAACAGAUGGCUUGUGUGUGAGAUUCACGAAUUGUCAUUUAUUUAUUUUAUUGAUAGUUGUAUUUUGAAAUAUGCUAAACGUAGGACUUGUAUUUUGUCUCUUUUAACACAAAUUAUAUCAAACAACAUUUCAGAAAAGCAGAGAUUAACUUCUUUAUAAACUAUUAUACAUAGUACUAUAGUACGAGUAUCUACCAAAGUUGUGUCGAAACAACAAUAUGCAAAUAUUUCAUUGCAUAGAACGAAUAUUUCUAAAGUUUUUACUUUUAUAUUAACUGAUGUCGAUGUUAUACUAUUUUCUGAAAAUAAGAUCUUGUUAUUUGUUCAGGCCUUCGUAUAUAUACAUACAUUUUAUGGUGCUAAGAUCGGAUAUGACAGUUAACUGAUCAAACUGAUGUAAAAUGUAAACUAUUUUCAAUUUACACGAUUUGUCUUAUACUAAUAUGUACAUAUUUUGCAAAGAUGUCUGUAAAUAUUUUAUAACUUAUAUUUCUAUUUAUACUCAGUUUCAACAUUCCAAUAUGAUCAAUAUGAGAAGUCAUACUUUGCUUACGUGUUGUAUAUAUUGAGGGAAUGGCUCUCACCAGGUGGCAACCCUGGACUGUUCCUGCAUCAAUGCACCACGUUUCACAUCAUUUGACUAUGAAUGCUGUAUCUUGUAUGAGCACAAGUCCACAACUAUUUUAAUGUCAGAUGAUUGGUAUUAUUUCUCCAGUAUGAUAGGAAUGUUACGUCGUAUUGUGCUUAUGGAGUGCA